AUGACGACAGACCGUUCGCUGACGGUGUUCCUUGCGGCCAAGCACAGCACGGGCUUUCGGACGCAGGUCAGCACUCUGCCGAACAUCCACCUUCUGCCUCCGGUGCAGAUUCUCCGCGUGGAGCCUGAGAUCAUGGCGGUGGUGGAGCGCAAUGACACCAGCAGCGUGCCCCUUUUGUACCUGCGAGUCUUUGGUGAGGAGCAUUUUCUGAAGCAUGCCGCGCGAAGCCGGACGAAGCAGUGUCGUUUGCAGUGGCAGUUCCCUGGUAUGGAGGAGCGGCUUCUGACAGCCUUUGUGGUGAAUGAGACAGAGGUGGUCUGCCAAGUACCGCAGUAUCUGCUCUACCUGAACGAGCAGGCCUACUUGUCGCUGUCCGUCGACGGCAUGCUCUGGUCGAACUCCCUGCCCGUCUUCUUCAUGAGACAGGUCCGCCUGGAGAUCGCCAGCCCUACUCUGGUGCCCCCUUUCACGCCCAUCACGCUGAACAUCACGGGCACUUUCGAGUCCCUGCAGCAGUACCAGGCCUGGUAUAUAUAUAUAUAG